AUGGAUCCUCCCAUUGCUACAUAUGUCGAGCAAAUAGGGCUUGAAAAGUGGGCUCGUCUUUAUUGUCCAGGCGAUCGGUACAACAUAAUGACAAGCAACGCCACUGAAAGCUUCAACAACGUGACAGAAGAAUUCAGGAAAUAUCCAAUAACUACUUUGGUUGAAUUCACCAGGUUCAGGAUUGUCUAUCGUAAUGGUGCGCAAUUAUUUAACGUUGGUACGGGUCCUGAAGGUCAGAGAGGUGGUGAUGUGGACUUAGUCAAGAGAACAUGCACAUGCGGAAUGUUCCAAUUGCUAAAAAUCCCUUGUCCUCAUGCAUGUGCCGCAGCAAUUAGUCAGAAUGCUAGCCUGUACGCACUUAGCUCCCCGUACUACACAAAAGACACGUGGAAGAAGACCUACGAUGCAACAAUUAAUGUUGUCGGCGAGGAGGAUGAUUGGGUACUACCGGAACACAUCAAGAACAUAAGAGUCGGGGUACCAGUGGAUAAAAAACCGGUGGGUCGGCCUAGGAAGAGCAAUGCAGGUAGAAGACCGACGAAGCGUCACCCAUCUAAUGGUCAAGUGGUUGUGGAACCUCGCCAUUGUACUAACUGCAGUGGUUCGGGGCACAACAGAGCUACAUGCAAAGCUCGAGUUAGAAGCUUUUCUCUAUUAGUGAAUGUGUGA